UUAGUCGACAUUCUGUUUCAUUCUGAGACGGUCCGCACCACAUAUCGAAUCUGUGAUAUUCUUCUAUUAUUAUUUAAAAAAUAUUUUUAUAAUCGUAAAUCAUUCGUGAUCCAAAAAAUCAUUCGUAUAUCAUCCCAGCUAUAUAAAUAUAUAUUCUAUUGGAUAUAAAACAGUUUCAUUUUUAUAAAAAAUAAAAAAUAACUUUGAUACUUUUUAAGCAGCAAUGAAAAAAUACUACACCAUAUACAUAUAUCUGAAAAUUCUCCUUGUCGUGGUAAUAAUUCAAAGUCUUGAAAUCCUCGCAAGCAAUAAGCGUCUGUGCGAAUUUCAUGAAGAACACUCUGACAGUGAUCUCGUUGGAUGCAAAUCAGAGGAUGAUGAACAGCAUUUAAUAUGCAUCGGUGGUCUUCAUGGUAAAUGGGAAUCUGGUUCAAAAACCGUGCGAAAACUCGUUCUGUGCAAAUGGCCGGAGAGAAUUUUGGAUCCAGAAGAGGUUCUCUUGAAGUUUCCAGCAGUUAAAAGGUUCAGCGUGCUGGCGAGUAACAUAACCAAAUUAUCAAAAGUAUUCCCAGCCGAAGUUCAGAAUCUCGAGUCUUUGUUUAUACAGAAAAUAGCAUUGAGUGGCACGAAACUGGAGUAUUUACCAAAGGGAGCCUUUUUAAAUUUAUCUACACUAAAGAGCUUGGACCUCAGAAAUAAUUCUCUGCGUGAAAUCGAUCCGAACGAAAUUGAAAUAGCAACCCUCAAGCAUAUAUACCUUUCUGGCAAUCGAUGGAAGUGUUCGAUAAACAAUCAAUGGAUUUUAAACUCACGGAACGGAUCCGUAGCCAGUCGAGUUAUCGAUAGGGAUAAAUUGGUCUGUUCGACGCCAUUUGACGGCAGACAACUUCUCUCGGUUGUUGAGAUAAUUGUGACUCUAAAGGAAGAAUGUCAAAGGACAAACUGCGACUGCGAAUUGGUAUACAUCGCCGUACGUUCCGGUGCGAAAUUCAACAGCCAGAAACGACUGAUGGUAUUCAAUUCCGUAAACUGCAGUAACAGAGGCAUAACGGAAAUGCCAACUUUCUUACCGGCUAAUACAACGACCUUGCACCUUUCAGGAAAUAAUAUAGCUGAUUUGACUCCAUUAAUAACCAAUCCAGUAUACAAAGGAGUUAUCGAUAUUUAUUUGGAUAAUAAUCUAAUCGAAUCUAUUGCUUGUCUAGAGGGAUCCUAUUGGCUGGAUCAUUUUCGAGUAUUGAGUCUUCGCGGUAACAGAUUGUCAGAUCUUCCCACUUAUGCAUUGGAGAACGCUUUACUGCAGAAUGCAAAUGCAGCUUAUAUUCGUCUGGGAAAUAAUCCUUGGAGUUGCGACUGUCUCUUCACGCCAGGAUUUCAGGAUCUUUUAAUCAGAUACACGAGCCUCGUUAAGGAUGUGAACGAUGUCAAAUGUUCGAGUGUUGUUCAGGAUAAAAAUUCAAAUAAGCAGAUACGUGAUCUUACGAGGACAGCCAUCUGCAUUCCGCCGGACAGUGAAUAUGGGCUGCAACCGUUGGAUAUCAUGAAUAUUGUUAUGGCCUCUUUGAUCUUCUUUAUUCUUGGAAAACUUUUAUAUGAUUGUUGGUUCUUCAAGAGGACUGGACAAUUACCGUGGAUUGUUGCCAAGAUACCGUAAAAAUUCUAAAAGAUCUUAAAAAAGAAUAUUUAAGUCAUCGAACUAAGUGUAUAUAUAUAUGUAUAUAUAUGAAUUUGAAAAACGAUCAAAGUAUAGUCUUCCAAAAUAUAGUGUAUAAAAUA